UGGCGGAAUAAUGACCGGCAGAUCACCGAUGCCAAAGCCAGGACGAGAGAGAAAACAAUUGCUUCUUCUUUCCUUUUAUUUUGUAUCUCUUGUCCUCCAUCAUAAUCACCACUCUUCUGUUCUCUCCUCCUCGCUCUGUGCAAUUGCACAGUACGAGAUUUCCAUUUUCAUCUCGAACAGAGAAAAGAUCGCGAUUCAAUUGCUCGAGCAGCCAAGCCCCGGCCUGGUCAAAAAGCGGGCUGAUCUGCGUUAGCACAUCAUCGAGAGCUCCAAGCUCCAGUCCAGCAGAGAAACUCCACCACCUCGAAAUCCAAUUCUACCUCUCCAUCCUCCUCCCUCUCUCCUCCGUCAACAACAAUGGCCUUCCGACAGCGCCUCGCGAAACCCCUCCUCUACACCACAGGAGUAGCGGUCCUCGGCGGCGGAUUCCUCUACUACACCUACCGCCCACGCAACAUCCCCGGCUCCGACCCCGCAGUCGUGUCCCCGCCUGGCUACGGCGCUGGAGGCAGUUUCCGCCCGCCGCGGUUCCCCAAGGUGAGGAGUCGAGAUGAGCAGAUUGCGGACUUGAAGAGGAGUGGUGGCAGUAAAGGCACCAUCGCUGGUGCGUUCCAGAAUACCGAGGCUUCGGCGCCGCAGGAUGAGGGCGAUGUUUAUGAUUUGUUGAUCAUUGGGGGAGGGGCGACAGGAGCGGGUAUAGCGCUGGAUGCAGCGACGAGGGGAUUGAAAGUUGCGGUGGUGGAGAGGGAUGAUUUUAGUAGUGGGACGAGUAGCAAGAGCACGAAGUUGGUGCAUGGUGGGGUGCGGUAUCUGGAGAAGGCGUUUUGGGAGGUGGAUAUAAAUCAGUAUAAGUUGGUGAAGGAGGCGUUGAGAGAACGGAAAUACUUUUUGGAUACGGCGCCGCAUUUGUCGAUGUGGUUGCCCAUUAUGCUGCCGUUGGAUAAAUGGUGGAAGGCUCCUUAUUAUUGGGCGGGAACAAAGGCGUACGAUUUCUUGGCUGGCUCGGAAGGGAUUGAGACUUCGUACUUCUUGACGAGGAGUAAGGCAUUGGAGGCUUUUCCUAUGUUGAAGAAGGACAAUCUGGUUGGUGCACUGGUAUACUACGAUGGAGCACACAAUGAUUCGAGGAUGAACGUUUCGUUGGCAAUGACUGCUGCAUUGUACGGAAGCACGGUUGUCAACCACGUCGAAGUUACAGCUUUGGAGAAGGAUCCUAAUGGCAAGCUCUGUGGUGCACGAGUCAAGGAUCUGGUCCAGGAAAAGAACGGAAAGAAGGCAGAUGAAUUCACAAUCCGGGCCAGAGGUAUCAUCAAUGCCACAGGACCUUUUACAGACUCGAUCCGAAAGAUGGACGAGCAAGAUGUCAAAGAAAUCGUGGCACCAAGUUCCGGUACUCACGUUAUUCUCCCUGGGUACUACAGUCCUCAGAAGAUGGGUCUCAUCGAUCCCAAAACGUCUGACGGACGAGUAAUCUUCUUCCUCCCAUGGCAAGGAAACACCAUCGCCGGCACGACCGACUCCCCCACCACAAUCUCCCACAACCCUCUCCCGAAAGAAGAAGAAAUCGACUGGAUCCUCUCCGAAAUCCGCCACUACCUCUCCCCCGACAUCAACGUCCGCCGCGGCGACGUCCUCGCAGCAUGGUCCGGCAUCCGGCCCCUCGUCAAAGACCCCAAGGCCAAGAACACCGAGUCUCUAGUCCGCAACCACCUCAUCAACGUCUCUGACUCCGGUCUCCUGACUUGUGCAGGCGGGAAAUGGACCACCUACCGUCAGAUGGCUGAAGAAGCCGUCGACGAAGCAAUCACCACCUUCAACCUGCGAACGAAACCCUUCCCCGACGCCCCAGACGUGAGCGGCACCGAGAUGAUCGAUGACGGGAAACGGCUCGACGGGUCCUGCCAGACGCACCAAGUAAAACUCAUCGGCGCGCACGGCUUCUCGAAAACGCUGUUUAUAAAUCUAAUCCAGCAUUUUGGCGUGGAAACCGAUAUCGCGAAACACUUGACGGAAUCAUACGGUGAUCGAGCGUGGACGGUCGCAGCGCUCAGUGUCCCGACCGAGAAGAGGUUUCCCGUGAGAGGGGAGAGGAUUAGUGCUUUAUAUCCAUUUAUCGAUGGAGAAGUUCGGUAUGCGGUUCGACACGAGUACGCGCAGACGGCUGUCGAUGUCCUGGCCCGGAGGACGAGAUUAGCAUUUUUGAACGCACAAGCGGCUUUAGAAGCCCUACCAAAAGUAAUCGAUAUCAUGGCUGGGGAACUGAAAUGGGACAACAAACGAAAAGACGUUGAAUGGCGAGACACCGUAGCAUUCCUCGAAUCAAUGGGCCUCCCGAAAUCCAAGCUCUCGGCGACGCGGAAACAGGUCGAGACCGGGAGCCUGAGUUUCAAGGAUAGUAUCGAGUAUAAGAUGUACUCGCGCCACGACCAGCCAAAUGAUGAGCUUGAGAGCGAUUUGAAGGGCGCUCCCGGGAUGAAGCCCGGGAGUGAGGCUGAGAAGUAGGGUGGGGGCUGUGAGAUGAGGGG